UGUGUAACCGGCGCGUGUUUUCAAAAAAGAACGCCCGCCAUUAUUUUGCAAGGAAUCUGUAAUAAAUUUGUCACGAAUUCUUCACCAUGGAAUGUUUCAACGGAGGGAUAACCUGACGAGAUUACAAGUUUUAUUUCCAGGAGUAUUUUAGAGGUCUUCGUAGACUAAGGAUUCAAGGAAACUGAACUAAGCUAAGCUGUUUCUUGCUUGCCCCCCUCCCCACAAUUUCUGUUGUCUUAUUUCUGAUCAUAAGUGACCAUGUCUACUACAGCCGACCCCAGUGGUCUGGGGGACAACAUAGAGGACUACCAUGUGCUGAACCUCCUGGGUCGGGGAGGGUUUGCCUGUGUGUACCGGGCACGCUCCAUCAGCACUGGGCUGGAGGUCGGCAUCAAGAUGAUUGACAAAAAGUUGAUGCAGGCUGCUGGGAUGGUGACACGCGUCAGGAACGAGGUAGAAAUCCACUGCCAGCUGAAGCACCCAGCAGUCCUUGAGCUGUACACAUGUUUUGAGGACAGUAACUAUGUGUACCUGGUUCUGGAGAUGUGCCACAAUGGAGAGCUGGGCAGCUUCCUCAAGAAACAGGGCAAGGUGCUGACUGAGGAGGAAGCUCGAAACUUCAUGCGACAGAUCAUCGAGGGCCUGCUGUAUCUCCACUCCCACGGCAUCGUGCACAGAGACAUGACCCUCUCUAACCUGCUGCUCACUCGCACCAUGGACGUGAAAAUUGCAGACUUUGGCCUGGCCACGCGGCUGAAGGUUCCCAAUGAGAAGCACUUCACGAUGUGCGGCACGCCCAACUUCAUCUCGCCUGAGGUUGUGACCCGUAAGGCCCACGGGCUGGAGACAGAUGUGUGGUCCCUGGGGUGUAUGCUGUACACAUUCCUAACGGGCAGUCCUCCAUUUGAUACAGACCAGGUGCGCAGCACGUUGAACAAGGUGGUUCUGGGAGACUACCACCUGCCGCAGCACCUGUCUGCACCUGCACGUGACCUCAUCACGGCUCUCCUCAGGAAGAACCCCGCCGACCGCCCCAAACUGGCCGACAUCCUCUCCCACCCCUUCAUGACCCCGGCUGACCCCGGCAGGAAGCCGGUCAUCACUGGUGGCAGGAGGAGGAGACCUGUGGAGGCAUCUGUCGACAGUGGCAACGCAACCAUGGAAACCGUCUCCAUGGGAACGCACGCCCCUACCCACGGGACGUUACGGAACAAACCCAUCCACCUGUUGCCCUCCAAACUUUCCCCUCUCACUGACAGACCUGUCUUCAACAACAGGAAAACUUCAGGGUGUGAAGGGCAAAGGUCGUGUCUUGAGGUUCAAAGGUCAUGCCAUGAGGUUCAAAGGUCAUGUCAUGGAGAGCAACCACCUCUCUAUGAUGACCCAAGGUCGUUGCAAGCUGCAAGUACGUGUGAACCAGUUAGAUCGUUUCACGAGAACCAAAGGUCAUAUCUUGGGAGGGAGAGGUCGCAGUGUGAAGUGCAAAGGUCACAAGAGGGCAAAGGUUACCAAGGUGGAAGGUCGGAGUGCAAUGACCUCAGUAACCACUACUGCUCAUCUCACAUCCAGGAUGGGGAAAGGAAACCUCUCUCUCCACAUAAAGGCAGCAGGGAGAAUGUCUGUCGUGAGUCAUCAGACGAAAGGAGACAGAGAUAUCAUCACGAAGACAGCUCAAGAAGGGAUGAGAGGAGACAAGCCUGGGAUGACCCCAGGACUAGAAAAGAAGACAAAUAUAGUAUUGCUGAGAGGAGGAGAGAUCAUGGACCUUACGAGGAGACUCAAGACAACUACGAAUCUGAUAAGGAAAACCAAACAAAGUCUGGAGAUGUACAGAGAAGAAGGAGAGAUUCAGAAAGGAGUGUACAAGAUCACCAGCCUUUUCAGGAGAGAAGGAACAACAAGAGAGGAGAAAACGAAGAACAGAGAAAUGGAAGGAGAGAAGAAAUGAGCCAGCAGAAAGAGAUGAAGAAGGAGCAGAUGUCUCCACUGACGUCAAAGCGUCUGCGGCCCAUCCGACAGAAAACCAGAAAUGCAGUAGUGAGUAUCCUGGAGGACGGCCAGGUGUGUCUGGAGUUCCUCAAGCCUCGAGACGGAGUGGACCACGUGUCAGAGGUGCACAGGAUAUCUGCAUGUGGACAAACGGUGAUAAUCUACCAGCCCCACCGGGGUAGGGGCCAGCCCCUGUCUGAGCGGCCCCCCUCCCCACCCCCUGGGGAUGACCACACCUACCUCCUCCACGAGCUCCCCUCCAGGCACAAGAAGAAGUACCUGUACGCCAAGCGGUUUGUCCAGCUGGUGCGCUCCAAGACUCCCAAAGUCACCCUCUACACACGGCAGGCCAAGUGUAUGCUGAUGGAGAACUUCCCACACCCAGACUUUGAGGCUUGUUUCUACAGUGGUGCCAAAAUCCACCAGUCCACCUACAAGACAAGAGUGAUUGAGUCCAGUGGGAAGAGCUACAGUCUGGAGGAUGUGGGCGGGGCUGAGAGGGUUGCCGUGGAUACCAGGAGGAUGCUGGACCACCUACAUGAGGCCCGGCGGCGCUGUUUGGACCUGGAGUCUGCCAUCUCAGCGACGGCGGAAAAGAGCGGGGAGGACUCGUACUUCCCAGCCAUCAUCAGUCGGCGGCCGGCGGGCACUGGGAGCGAGCAGAAGAAGGGGAAGGGUUCACCACGACAGGCCGGACGUACGGGAAGAGACAUCACCGUGGGGACAGUCACCUCACCCAGCCAGGCACCCGUAUCUGCAUCGGUAAUGUCCUAUGAUGGUACAGUCCUGAGCUGUGCAGCCUCCACAGUUAGCAGGGCUGACACCCGGGAGCCUCCUGCACAGGCCACCACCAACUCUGAGAAACGCCACCUAGCAGCCGGCCUGCCAAGAGCAACCCAGGUGGUGAAGAGCACCUUUGUGCAGGAUGUCGGGCGGGCUUCUCAGUUGACCUCGGGUGACAUCUGGGUGCAGUACCAGGAUGGGACGCAGUUGGUUGUCAUGGCAACAAGCACAACAGUCAAGUACGUCGACUCCUCAGGCAAAGUUCACAGGUAUGGUGAGAGUGUGACCCUUCCUGCACAUGUCAGAGAAAGACUUGUGAAACUGCCCAGGAUUGUAGAAGCUCUGGCAGCACAGAAGACUCAGACAUCUCAAGCCUCCAGUCAUCAUGCUAGGGCUGCUAUCAGAUAGUAGAACACUUAUCCUCCAAAGCUAAUAGGGGAUAUUUUCAGACCAAAGUGUGAUAAAACAACACGAAAACUGUUAAUGAAGCAACGGGAUAGAUUUGGAAAUGUUUCAA